AUGGCAUUGGACGACCGACACCAACGCAUCUAUUGUGUGGUCGAUGCGUUCGACGAGUGCGACCAGAACGGCGACCAACGUUCCGAUCUCUUGCGAAGACUUGUGAAACUGUUUUCGAAGGACAACAGCCGCUUGAAGCUCUUUAUCACAAGCCGGCCUGGCGAGAGGGACAUCGAGUUCCACUUGAGCUCCAAGUUCGUGCUCAAGUUCCCGUUGAACGCGCAGAAUGCGGACCUCGAUAUUUAUGUCAAGUCGAAAGUCGACGAUCUUCCCGAUUACCUGUUCACCGAGCAGCUCAGGGAGCAAGUCCAAAAGAAGAUCUGUGCACAGGCCGGAGGCACGUUCUUGUGGGCCUCGCUCGUCAUGAAGCAAAUCGCGAAGCUGGAAGCGCCAAGUAUGUACGAGGUCGAAAAGGUGUUUGAAGAAAGCCCCAGCGAAUUGGAUGAUCUCUACUACAGGCUUGUUGCUAGGUUGACGGCGGUUCCGGUCUGCGCCAAGGUCUUGGCCUGGGUUGCGUAUGCCAAAACACCACUUACGGUGGACGAACUGAGAGACGCCAUAAACUUCGAUCCCGGACAGCGCCAGUACAAGAGCUUGUCCGAAAUGGCCAAAUACAGGCCCACCAUCACCGAGGAAUGGAUUCGCCAAAGUCUCGGGACACUCCUGAGCGUCCAGAAGAAGAAUGCCCCCUUUUAUCCCUUCUUAGAAAAAGACUGCGUGUUCUUCAUCCACCAAUCCGUCAAGGAAUUCUUCCACCACCGCGCCGAGACCCCCCUCGACAGCUGCGGCGCCAUCGGCGGCGUCGGCGUCGAGCCCGACACCUACCUCGCCCGCACCUGCCUGUUCUACCUCCACGCCGAAGAGUUCCGCGAAAUCGGCCAAGUCUCGAUGGCGGACUUCACCCGCUGGGUCCGCGAGGCCAGAGAGGGCGAGGCUUCCAAAUUUCUCUUAAGAUCACUCAUUGACGAGUUCCCCAAGCUGUCCAAUCCGCAGAGCUUCCCGUUCCUGGCGUACGCGAGUCAGAGCUGGUACAAGCACCUCAGGACGGAGGAGCAGGUGGAGGGCGAGUGGGACAAGGUCGAAGCCCUGCUCGACGACGAGCAGCCGUACCUGGCCGUGUGGAUCCGGGGCCAGUGGGAGAGCGGGAAGUCGACGUUCCUCAAAGACUUGUAUCGCGAGGAUGGUCGGGGUGUGGGUGUACGGCCUACGCAGGUGGCGAUCGAGCUCGACAUUUGCUGGUUGACGCGGAGGAUCCUUGACGGGCGGAUCGCGGGCGAGGGAUUCGGCCAGGAGCAGAUUGUCGAGAUGGCGCGGUUCGCUCCGGAGUCGUUCGAGUACCUGUGCGCCAACAGACAGGACAUCCGCCUGCCGAAAGCCGUUCUCAGAGCACUUGGGAACGGUCAUCAUACUAAAAGAGGGAUAGAAGUGCUACUGCGGACGCGCACAGCGGAGUUCGAGAUUACGGAAGAGAUGCUCGAGAUUGCGGUGGCAGCGGACAACAGCAGCGAGGGGUGCGCCGACCUCGUCAAACUGCUCCUCGAGAAGAACAAAGCCCUUACCGUCGCGGACAAGUGUCUGCGGGAGGCGGCACGCAAGCCUCGGAGCGAGAUCCUAGAGUUGAUAUUGCGCCGAAGGGGCGGAAAGGUGGACAUUGUGGAUGAACUUGUCAUAAUCGCGGCCGGUGAACACAGCGGCUACGAGGCGCUGAAGGUACUGCUGAAGUCCUUUGGAGAUCGAAUAACCAUCACAAAAGAUCUCCUCAUCACGGCAUUGUAUUCCUGUAGUGUGGAGGUCUUUAGAUAUCUGGUCGAACAAGCUGGUCCCGAACUUAAAAUCACCGAAGACAUACUCGUGGCGGCUGAGGGAGUAGUCUACUUAACAUCAAAUGAGAUGCUGGAGUUCCUCCUAGAAACGAAAGAGAGCGAAAUCGUUUUCACACCCUGGGUUCUUCAGGCCUUUUUGGAUCGAUGCCAACCCAGGAGUGGGAAAAGUAUGACGCUAAUCUUCAAUCAGGACAAUUGCCCGGUCCAGAUCACAGAGCAGGUCAUUCUUUCCGCCAUAGAGUGGAGCAAGGAUACAGUUCCGGACGCAUUGCGGUGGGGAGAGGAAGUUGUCGACAUAAUGGAACUUCUGCUCGUGCAGAAGCACCAAAAAAUCCAGAUGACGGAGGAACUCAUGCAAGUUGCAGCCAAGAAGUUACCCCGCGAGCAAGAGAUGAGAUCAGCCGUGGCGAUGAUGCCUGCGCCAGUCGAUAUCACCGAGGGUAUAGUAACAGCGGCGGCAGCAAAUGAGGAAUGCGGCCAAGCUAUUCUCAGAUUUCUUUUUCACUCGGCUUCUACCCCGGUCAAAAUCACAGAAGGCGUAUUGAACGCUGUUGUCAACAAUCGACGGGAAGGAAAAAACAUCCUAGAGUGGAUGCUCCAGGAAUACCCCGACCGAGUUGACAUUACUCGAGGCGUCCUUUUCGAGGCCGUGCUCAACCCUAGGGAAAGAUAUCCCGUCUUCUCCCUUCUGAUGGAUCGCGGUCUUGUUCCAGAAGUUGACAUGGAAGACCUGUUCCAGGCCUCGGUAAUGACUUGGGCAGACAGCAUGGAGAUUUUCGGCCAUGUCAAGCGAAAAAUGGACCGCUACCCCAGCUUCUCCGGUCAGCAAGACGUGGAGAAACGCAACAAAGCGGCCAUGGAGACCACCAAGCUCCUCUUCAAGCGCCUCGACACGGACCGCAAAAGGACGGAGGACCUCCUGAUUUCCUCCGCCGGAGACAACGCGGCGUCUCUCAUGCUCCCCUUAGUCUUUGACGACAUGACAGUGGCUCCGCAAAGAGGCCACGAGUUCGUCAAGUUCCUAAAAGGCGCCGGCUUCUCUACCCACCUCCUCGCCGUCUCCAGCAGCAAGAACGCGGACUGGGCCAAGAUCCUCGACGGCUUCUGCCGCAUCGCCCACCAAACUAUGGUGGUCCCCGACCGCACCCUGAUCGACGCCGCAGCCAGCGACUGCGACCCUCCCGUCCUCCCCAUCCUGAUAGGCGACGGCAGUCCGUGCAUGCAAAGCGCCGACCUGGCGCGCUCCAUGCGCUUGGCCGCUGCGACGAACGGGCAGCUCGAGACGCUAAACCUCCUCUCAAAGCGCUCAUACGGCAACGACGACGACGACGACAACCGCUCAUCCCCUGACCGCGAACACGACCGCCUCGUCGCCGUUGCCCAGCUCUGCGCUGCAUCCAAACGAGGCGACGAUGGCACCGUCGUCCAACUCCUCACCAGCGCCGACCCACCGCCGCCCGAUGUCCCCAGCCACCUCAAUCGCGCUCCUCUCUGGCACGCCUGCGUCCGCGGCCACUUCUUCGUCGCGCGCGCGCUGCUGCGGCGUCAAACGCGGAGGAGGAUGAGGGUGGACGUCGGGCGCGUGGACGGCAUGGGGCGGACGCCGCUGCACUGGGCGGCGGCGCUGGACCACUGGCGCAUCGUGGGGCUGCUGCUCGAACACGGGGCGGACCCGUACGGCAGGGAUCGGUUGGGGAAGACGCCGUUGGGGUUGGCGAAAGAGUGUUCUGCGGAUAAGGCGGAGUGUGCGCUGUCGUGGUUUGAGGAGGAGUGGUUGCUGUCGUGGGUUGAGGAGAGGGGUGUGUUGAAUUACCGGAUGAUUGUUGUUGGUGGUGGUGGUGUAUGGACGCCGCUGCAUAUAGCCGCGCGCGGUGGGCGGGCGGCGAUGGUCGAGAUGCUGCUCAUGAGGGGCGACGACGCGGGGGCUGCAACUGCAACGCGGGAGACGCCGCUGCAUCUUGCGGCGCUUGGUGGAUUUGUUGAAGUGGUGCGGGCGCUGUUGGCAAAAGGAGCGGACGUCGAAGCUCGGGACGAAGACGAGCGGACGGCACUUCAUCUGGCGGCUGUUCGUGGUCAUGAAAGUGUUGCGAGGACCUUGCUGGACCACGGGGCUUGCGUCCAGCCUGGCGAUGACCGCCGAAUGACGCCGCUACAUAUCGCCUCCCUGGCCGGCCAUGUGGAUGUGGUGAACGUCUUACUUGAAAAAGGAGCUGAUGUGAACGCUCCAUUUGGGGAUCAAGAUACACUUCUACAUCUUGCGUCCCCAGUGGAGAAGGAACGCGCGAUCGAAGCACUUGCCCAGCAUAAGGUCUGUGUGAGCGCUACUGAGGAGAAGAAGCGGACGCCACUGUCUAUGGCAGCUCAUGGCAGCUACAUGGAAACUGUUGAAGCACUACUCAGCGAAGACGCUGAUGACAACGCGCAGGAUUUCCAUGACCGCACAGCUCUUCAAUAUGCAUGCGAGGCCGGAGAUGAAGCCGUAGUGCGGAUCCUGCUGUGGCACAAGGCGAACAUCGACGUUCUAGACGAGCACGACUUGUCUGCACUGCAUCUUGCUGCACGCAAAGGACAUGAGAAGGUCGUGAAAAUCCUACUCGAACACGGAGCGAACCCCAACAUCCGGGAUUGGGAUGCGCUGUUCUGCGCCGCGGCUCACAGCCAUGAGAAAACCGUUAAACUGUUGCUAGAUCAUUCAAAGGCUGCCGGAGACGGAACCACGCCUCUGCACUACGCUAUUGGAUACGACCUAGACACAGCAAAGAUCCUCUACCGAGCGGGAGCCGACGUCAAGGCCAGCGCCAAUGACGGGACCACAGUCUGGCACAAAGCAGUACAACACGGACAGCUCAACGCCGUCCUCUGGCUGACAAGCAUCGAAAACGGCGCGCAAAUCAAUGCCGUCGACUCCGAACGCCAAACCGCCCUUCACCUGGCCGCGCUGUACGGCCACCACGACAUCGCCGACGCACUGCUGCAAGCUGGGGCGUCCCACGGUCUCCAAGACACCACGGGGAGGACCCCGCUGCACUGGGCAAUCUACGCGGGCCACGACGCCCUCGUCGAGCUCCUCCUGACCCGCGGAGCAAACACCACCGACAUCUCCGACGGCUGCGGCAAAACCGGCUUCGAACUGAUCCAGCAAGCCCGCGGCCUCCACUCGCGGGUCCGCCACCUACUCCCAGAACACAUAUAG